CAGCCGAGCACGGAGCACCCAGCGAAAGCGACCGCAAAGCUGCCCGUCCGCGCGCUCUCUUUUAAAGCGCCUCCUCCGCACCCUCCCUCGCUUUCCCUGAAUCCAGCGCCGCUACUCCUCUACGCUCUCUCACAUCGCUCGUCGUGCUUGCCGUCGCCGGCCGCCCGCGGAGCCGGUCGAGGUCAUGAAGAAGGCGGUGGCGGUGGGAGGAGGAGGUGGGAAGGGCGGCACGGCCCCGACAGACCUGCUGGUCUGCUUCCCCGCGCGGCAGCACCUGGCGCUGAUGCCCAAGCCCAUCUGCAGCCCGUCCCGGACCACCAUGGACAAGGCGGCCGCCGCGCGCCGGCGCCAGCUCCAGCUGCCCGGCGGCGCGAGCGCUGCUGCCGGUGGCGGGAAGGCGCGCGGGAGUAGCCCGAUGUUCCGGGGGUCCAAGGCGAGGCAGAGGGCGGAGGAAGACGAGGAGGAGCCGCAGUCGCCCAAGGUCACGUGCGCCGGGCAGAUCAAGGUCGGCCGGCCAAAGAAGGCGAAGCCGGGAUCGGCGGCGGCGGCGAAGCACGGUAAGGACGGCGCCGGCGCCGGCACCAGGAGCUGGAUCACCGUGGUGGAGGAGAUCGAGCGGCUGCACGGGCGGAGGAAGAAGGUGGGGUGGCUCGAGACCCUCGGCAUCAGGCGGGACGCGCUGCCCUUCCUCGGCGGCGCGCUCCGGAGCCUGCGGCACAAGGUGCGCUGCUUCGGGUCCCUCCACGGUGCCGCGGUGGACUCCACCACCGACUCCGACGGAGACAGCGGCGACGCAGAGGAACACGGAGGCGAGCACCGCGGCGCUCCCAGCGUGUUUUCCAAGUGGCUCAUGGUGCUGGAAGGCGGCCAGGAGCCCCUGGAGCAAGACUGCGCCGGGGACCACGAGGGCGGCGACCAAGAAGACGACGACGAGGGGCAGACGGACGAGAGCGCGAACGCGCCCUCCGCGCCGCCGCCCAACGCCCUGCUGCUCAUGCGGUGCCGCUCCGCGCCGGCGAAGGGGCUGUCCAUGUCGAGGGGAGAGACCGGUGGGCUGCUGGCCGGCGAUGUCGAGCAAGAGAAGCCGACCGCGGACGCCGCGCCGGGAGACGGUGAAACAGAGGACAGGGAGGAGCUGGUGUUCAUGAGCUCGGCGCCCGGCUUCCUGAAGUUGUCACUUGACAUCGCCAAGGAGACGUGGGUCGUCGGCGGCGUGGACCCGCUCGCGAAGAGCCGGAGCAGCAGGAGGUGACCGCCGAUGCGCCAACACGACGCGCCGCCUCGACGCCGGCGAGGAUGCGGAGCUCGUUCGUUGUAUAGAUAGAUCGCAUCACCGGACACCGGUGUACGUGUUGGAACAUGUACAAACUCGUGCUACGUAAAUGUUGGCAUAAUUCUUAGAAUGGUUUGCAUAGGAACUUGAUAUGAAAUUCAAGAGAACCCCGUGCAUUUCUCGCUGAGAUCCUCUGGAAUCACGGGAAAUUCUUGUUCCAAACAAAGUCUCAAUGCUCAAAUCUCA